AUUAAUCUGUGUACUUUAUGAGUACUCUUGAACAAGAGACUAAAAAGAUGAAGGAAAGAAAGAAGCUUUUGGUAUUCAUUUAUGUUCUCAUCUUUCUCUUCCAAGUUGUGAAUCCAACAAAUUCAGAAAGACCAUGGCCUCAGGCUAAGGCUAAGAGCAAGCACUUUGUGUUGGUUCAUGGGGCAUGCCAUGGAGCCUGGUCUUGGUACAGGGUAGUGCCACUGCUAAGAUCAUUAGGACACACUGUCACAGCUCUUGACUUGGCUGCUUCUGGGAUUGAUCCAAGGCAGUUGAAUGAUAUUCCCUCUGUCUCCGACUACAUCGGUCCUUUGUCGGACUUCAUGGCUGCUCUUCCCCGGCAUCAGAAAGUGGUACUUGUCGGUCACAGCCUUGGCGGCUGGGCACUUUCUCGAGCCAUGGAGAGGUUUUCAGAGAAAAUUUCUGUUGCUAUUUUUGUCACUGCUGGAACACCUGGUCCAACUCUCAAUAUUUCCACCCUCGAGCAAGAGUGGAUCAAAAGAUUCGGUCCUCAACUGGACAAUCAUUACACAUAUGGUGAUGGACCUAACAAACCUCCAACCGCCUUGCUACUCGGACCCUUGUUCUUAGCAGCAAGAUUGUAUCAACUCAGCCCCAUUGAGGAUUUGACACUUGCAACCACGUUGCUGAGACCGAGACGUUUGUAUAGUGACAAAGACCUGUCAAAAGAGCUAAUGUUAACGAACGAAAAUAUGGUUCGGUUAACAGAGUUUUUAUCAUGGUUAGUGAAGAUCAAUUGUUAA